UGCAGUGUCCCUCCUCGCCGUCCAUCUUGGAAAGUAGAACGGAGCGUGGCGUUAUAUCAUCAGAGAAGUUAUCAUAAAAGAUGUUUUCUUGCAGUAAAUUUACCUCCCCAGUCGCUAGGAGUAUUGUUGGCAAUGGUCGCGCACUAUCUCGGCCGCUUUCUACCGCCAUUCGUCCCCAGUCACAAACUUUGGCAAUGAAUGUUCAGUCAGCACAAAAGAAUAUGUUUAACCUGUCCCGUGCUGUUGUAUCAAGUCAAUUCUCUAGUAUCCAAAAAGAUAACUUGCAAAGCAAGGCUGUAGUACCAUCCUCUCCCUUGUUAGCUCUGGCCUGCCGAGGCUUUCAGACAAGUUCUCAGGUGCAGGAUGUUGAUUCUGCUGCUAAGUUCAUCGGUGCUGGUGCAGCUACUGUAGGUGUUGCAGGUAGUGGAGCUGGUAUUGGUACAGUGUUUGGCAGUUUGAUCAUUGGUUAUGCCAGGAAUCCAUCCCUCAAGCAGCAGCUUUUCUCGUAUGCUAUUCUAGGCUUUGCUCUGUCUGAAGCUAUGGGUCUUUUCUGUUUGAUGAUGGCCUUUUUAAUCCUGUUUGCCCUGUAAACUGUAUUCCUGAUCAACAUGCGAUCAAUUCAUGCCAUUAAUUUUAGUAGAUGGCUUUGUGGAAGGGCUGUUGUGUGCUUGUGCUAAUUUUAUUUUGUGAACAAAUAACUGUGAUGGUCUCAAAUAAAGUACCUUGUGUAACAUUUUGUACACACUUUA